CACAUUCAACUCACACCUGUCCAACAACAAAAACUUACCUAAAUUCUAAAUUUACUUUAUUUUUACCUGCUUUCUACAGAAGUUAGUCGACUAACCCAAAUUAGUCUUAUAGAUAACCGUGUGAACUUUUAAAGAUUGUCAUAAAUUUUAAGAAUUUUGAACAGAGAGUGAGUGAAAACGAAAUAAUAAAAAUUUUCUGCAGACUCACAAGAAGUGAGAAAGAAGAAAAAUUAGUUUUGUUUCGAAACUGGGCCACAUCGGACGAUGGAUGACGUUCUGUCUAACGAAGAAACAGAGAAAGUCCUCCAGUUUCAGGAGCUCACAGGAAUUGAAGACAUAAAUGUAUGUCGAGAUAUUCUAAUUCGUCAUCAUUGGAAUUUAGAAAUCGCUUACCAAGAGCGCGAGCGAAUGAAUGAAGGUGUUCCAUCAUUAUUCGCAUCGACACUAGAGACAAGAGCACCAGUAGUGCUUAAUGAUAGAUUUUUUCAACAAAUAUUCGUUAGUAACCGCAAUAAUAAUAAUGGAGGUGCGCCAAGUGGCGGCAUUUUCGGACUUUUCACUUACGUGGUUAAUUCGCUCAUAAAUUGGUGCUACACGACAUUGUCAUCCUUUGUUCAGACAUUGCUCAGCGUUUUCACUGAACGAGAAAGAAUUGUGACGAAUCCACUUGGCGAUGUGCUGAAGUUUAUCGAGGAAUACAACACCAAGUACCCAUCACAUCCAGUUUUCUACCAAGGAACAUAUGCUCAAGCUUUAAACGAUGCUAAACGUGAGCUGAAAUUUCUUCUUCUUUAUCUUCAUUCCGAAUCGUCAUCACCUCAAAUCCAAUCGGGACAACAGCGAAUCACCGAAACUGUGAAUUUCUGUCGAAAUACGCUUUCAGAUCGCGAUGUUAUUGACUACAUCAAUAGGAACAUGUUGUUUUGGGCUUGUGAGGUGUCAUCACCUGAAGGCUACAGAGUGUCACAUUCCAUCAAUGCGAGGUCGUAUCCAAUUCUCGUAAUAAUUGCUUUACGCGACAACAAAAUGACGGUCAUGGGUCGAAUGGAAGGCGACUGCACACCUGAAGAGUUAUUAGGACGAAUGAGACGAGUUGUGAGAGAUAAUGAACGAUGGUUGAAUGCAGCACGACAUGAACGACUUGAACGUAACUUGACUCAAACAUUGAGAGCGCAACAAGAUGUAGCUUACGAACAGAGUUUGAAAGCUGAUCAAGAGAAAGAAAGAAAGCGACAAUUGGAACGAGAAGAACAAGAAAGAAUUAAUCGAGAAAUUCAAGCGGAACAAGAGGCCGAAGAAAGACGUCAAGAGCUGAAAGAACGUCUUAAGAUGGAGUUGCUACAUCGAGUGCCUUUGGAGCCACCAGAAGAUGAAUCAAAUGCAAUUAGCAUCGUUUUUAAACUGCCAAACGGAAUGAGAAUCACGAGACGCUUUCUCAAAAUAAAUUCUUUAAAUGACAUUCACAACUUCAUAUUUUGCCACCCAGACGCGCCAGAUACUUUUGAAAUCACCCAAAAUUUCCCAAAACGCAUCUUAAACUGCGGAAGAUAUCAUUUUGAUCAAUUUACUGGCUAUGAGUCUGUAAACGACAUAAUUAAUUCCUCCAAAGAGCAAGUUUUGACGGUAGGCGACGCGGGUUUACAGAAUCGAGAAGUUUUAUUUGUGAGCGAUUUAGAUGCAUAGUUGAAUCUAUUUAAUGGCUCAUCGGGUAAUUGAUUUCUAGUUCAAUUCAAAAAUAAGAAGAGAAAAAUCCAUUUUCAGAUGUUUUCUUUUCCUUGUUUCAUAAUUUAAGAAGAUUUUUGAAAAAGGAAAACUUUUUUUUGUUUAAUUCCUGGUGAUCGACGAUCUAGUGAGAUGCAAAACAAAGAAAGUAUCAAAUGUGUUGAAUUAACUGUUUUGAUUUAUGUUUUCUUCCUGAGUAUGAUAUUGCAAUAAAAACAAAAAGAAGAAUAAUAAAAUUUAUGGAUUUUUAAUUAA